AAUGGAAACGCAUAAACAAACAAACCAACCCCACCACCCCGAGGCCUCCCGCUCUACUCCGCCCACCUGCCCCUCGCGUGGGGCUCCCCACCUCCCCAGCACCCCGCUUUCCCCGGCCGCGUCCACGUCUGGGCACGUCCCCUUCGCGGCCCGGGCCACGCACGUCCCCGCACCUCACCUCCCUGCGCCUGGCGCCAAGUUAAAGGCCGGGGCGGCCCGGGCAGUGCGGGCGGCGCCCACUCCCGGCGGCGCGGAGCCGAGGUCGGCGCUGCAGCCUGCGGCCGCUGCCCGGCCGAGCAUGACUUGCUACCGGGGCUUCCUCCUGGGCAGCUGUCGGCGAGUGGCGGGCGGCCGGGCGGCGCUGCGGGGCUCGGGCGCGGGAGGCCCCGGCGCGCGGCCGCGGCUGGGCGGAGACGGCGGCCGGCGGCACCUGGGGCACGGGCAGCCGCGCGAGCUGGCGGGCUGUGGCAGCCGCGCGGACGGCGGCUUCCGCCCCUCGCGGGUGGUGGUGGUGGCCAAGACCACCCGCUACGAGUUCGAGCAGCAGCGCUACCGCUACGCGGAGCUCUCGGAGGAGGACCUCAAGCAGCUGCUUGCAUUGAAAGGUUCUAGCUACAGUGGACUACUGGAACGACAUCAUAUUCACACCAAAAAUGUGGAACAUAUUAUCGAUAGUUUGCGUAAUGAAGGAAUUGAGGUUCGUCUAGUAAAAAGGAGAGACUAUGAUGAAGAGACUGUUCGAUGGGCAGAUGCUGUCAUAGCUGCAGGAGGUGAUGGUACAAUGCUUCUGGCAGCAAGUAAAGUCUUGGACAGACUUAAACCAGUUAUAGGAGUAAAUACGGAUCCAGAUCGGUCUGAAGGUCAUUUGUGUCUGCCUGUUCGAUACACACAUUCCUUCCCUGAAGCCUUACAGAAGUUCUAUCGUGGUGAGUUCAGGUGGUUAUGGAGGCAGCGUAUCAGGUUAUACCUUGAAGGGACUGGCAUAAACCCUGUACCUGUGGACCUUCAUGAACAGCAACUAAGUUUGAAUCAGCAUAGUAGAGCCUUCAACAUUGAAAGAGUUGAUGAUGAAAGGUCUGAGGCUUCAGGACCCCAGCUUUUACCAGUGAGAGCACUAAAUGAAGUCUUCAUUGGGGAGAGUCUGUCAUCCAGAAUGUCUUAUUCUUGGGCUGUAGCAGUGGACAAUUUAAGAAGAAGUAUACCCACUCUAAAGGGACUGGCAUCCUACUAUGAAAUUUCAGUUGAUGAUGGCCCAUGGGAAAAACAGAAGAGUUCAGGGCUCAACUUGUGUACUGGAACGGGAUCAAAAGCCUGGUCUUUCAAUAUCAAUAGGGUUGCAGCUCAGGCUGUGGAAGAUGUUUUAAAUAUUGCAAAGCGACAAGGAAAUCUGAAUCUUCCAUUGAACAGAGAAUUGGUAGAGAAAGUAACAAAUGAAUAUAAUGAAUCACUUCUCUACAGUCCAGAAGAACCAAAAAUACUUUUCAGUAUUCGAGAACCAAUAGCAAACAGAGUUUUCUCAAGUAGUCGUCAGCGUUGUUUCUCUUCCAAGGUUUGUGUUCGUUCUCGUUGUUGGGAUGCCUGCAUGGUUGUGGAUGGAGGAACUUCUUUUGAGUUCAAUGAUGGAGCAAUUGCUUCCAUGAUGAUCAAUAAAGAAGAUGAGCUUCGAACUGUGCUUCUAGAACAGUGAAGAUUUCCUCAAAUGACAAACUUGGAUUAUUGGAAACAUAUUUUUACUUCAGAAACAGAUGACCAGUCGUUAAGCCUACAUUAUUUUGUUUAUUAUCAAGACUAGUUGCCUUCUGGGCUCAGUGACAAAGAAGGUGGGAUUUUCAUUACUCUUCUGUUGGAUUUUGAUAGGUGAAAGAUGUUCACUGUGGAGAACAUGGAUGGACUAAAUGGACUAGAAUUGAUAUCAGAGAAAUUUCUGUAUUACUUGUAAUUGGUAACCAAGAAUAGUGAUAUCUUUAAAUUUAGAGAGGUGGGUUUAAAUAAAGGAUGAAAUGUUUAGGAUUUGAGAUUUAACUAUAAAAGUGUUUUUGUCUUCCUAGACAGUAGAAUUGGACACACCUAUCAUUUGAUUAGUGCAUUAUUUUUUAUAAUACCAGAAAGUAAACUUUUUAAAGGUUUUGAUUAUCAUGAGUUUUGAUAAAUUCUGACACUGAUCUAAUUCAAGUAGGCAAAUGUGUUUUUGUAUGUGCUAAAAUUUUCUAAUUCCAAAACACUAUGAUGAUAAUUGAUUAAAAGUUUUAAUCAUUUUUUAAAUUA